AUGAACUGCUCUACGGCUGCGUCCUCGGUCAAGUCGUCCCCCAGCUCCUCCUUCAGCAGUUUCGGGACCAGGGGCCGGACACAGGCCCUCGAAAGCCUAAACAACUCCAUCUCUCCUUCCCUGUCGAUCUCAAACUCUACAAACUUCAUCCGUCGACAGCCAUCGGCUAUUGACAUGGCGCUGGAGGAGGAGAAAUAUGCCGACCCCGUCGAGCUCAUUGGGCUUGGACUGUUGGAACCAAGACCCAGAGCAAACACCACUUCUUCCGUCUCGUCCUCUCAAUGCUCCAUGAUGGAAUUCAUGAGCGAGUCCGUGCAGACGCCAGUGGUUCUUGAUGGCAUUUUCGAAGUCAUGGAGCGUGCAUAA